CUUUGACAUUUUAAGAUUUCAGAAAACAAUAAUAAAUUCAUCUGACUAUAAAAGAAAUACAUAGUCCAAUAGCAUGGGAUGGAAGCAACCGAGUUAUUUAUGAAAAUAUGUGGAGAUGAAUACUAAAAUUAUUACUCAUGGUGAACCAGGGAAAUUACUAGGCAACACAAGAAGAAAUUGUCCAUAUCAUAUACACAUUUAUAAACUGAGUGGUAGAAACUGUAAAGAUGAUCAGAAUGGAGUGCGAUUGCUUUCCCAAAUUGUUCAGUGACAUGGAAGAUGCUGGCAGCCAAACGACUACAGAAGGAAAACAACGGAUA